AUGAAGGGCAGACAGGAGAGGCGGUGCAGAAGGGAUCCUGGAGAAGCGGAUCCAGGGAAGUCGAAGCAGUGGUGGACAGCAGAUGGCACGGGCGUCAACGGGCAGGCGGCCGGGGCUGACAGGAGCAGGCGACCCCGGAGGCUGAGGCCCUGGAGAGGGAAGCAGGCGGGAGGAUGGCGAGGCCGGGGUGAAGCAGGCGCGGGGAGGCAGGCGGGAGAGGGCCUGCUUGCCCCGGCCUGGAGCUCGGCUCUAUUGUGCAGCAGCUGCCCAGGCCCGAGGCCCCUCGCUCGCCGUCCGUCAGCGCGGGGCUUCGAGGAGCCGCCCUCCUGCCCGCCGGGGCUGGUCAGGGCCUGCGAGCGCUGCCUGUCCCGGGGAGGGGUGAGGCGGGCGGGCUCAGUGCCCCGUCUCCCCCAUGGGCUCCCGGCGCAGGCGGCGGCUUCACUCCCAGCCCGACUCCGCCGCCAUAUUCUUCUUCCUCCUCCUCCUCCUCCUCCUCCCGGUGCUGCGGCGGUUCAGUCCCGACUCCUCAGCGCGCCCUGCGACGUGGCUGCACUCCAGGCACUCAGCAGCCCAGCCGGCAGAGAGGCGCCCUGCUCUGCCCUGCCGCGAGGGAGGGAAGGAGGGAAGGAGGGCGAGCGGCGGCGCGUCCAGCCCGGCUCCUACCGGCUCCGUCUCCGCCUCACUCACUGCGCGGCCGCCAUCUUGGUCUCACCUCUCACUGGAGGCGCGGGGUCUCCCAGCCAGCAGCGGCACGGGCCGCCCGCCAGCAUUUAA